GUCAGGCCUGGCAUAACCUCCAGAGCGUCGCCUCAAAAACCUCUAAUUGCAUGCGCCGAGAGACGCACGCGCAGGAAAAAAUGGCGAGCUCAGAAAAACAGCCAGUCGUAAGUGGUAAAGAUGAUGCCCCUACCAAUCCAAGGGGCAUCCCGUACGCUCCCUUUGUCGACAAAGUCGAGGAUUACGUCUCCACACGGGAUGAUGUCGAACCGACGCUUCGAAGUUUCCAAGAAAUGAUAUCGAAAUACCAGUUCAUGGAGUUGAACCUGCAACGUCGGAUGACGGGGCUCAAGGAGAAGAUCCCGGAUAUUCAGAAGACACUGGAUACGGUGCAAUUUUUAAAGCUACGAAAGGACGCGGCCGAUCCCAUCGAAACAACCUUUGAGCUCAACGACACUCUAUACGCCAAGGCGAAUAUCCCACCGACAGAGGAGGUUUACAUUUGGCUAGGGGCCAAUGUUAUGCUCUCUUAUCCGAUUGAUGAGGCCGAGACAUUAUUAACCUCGAAACUUUCAGCGGCUAAGACCAGCUUGUCAAACUGCGAAGAAGACUUGGACUUUCUCCGAGAACAGAUUACUACUAUGGAAGUUGCUACCGCUAGAGUUUACAACUGGGAAGUAGUGCAAAAGAGGAAGGAAAAGAUGGAAGAGGAGGCCGAGAAGAAGAAGUCGAAAGACAGUGAUGCGUAGUAGAUACUUGGAAAGGGGUUUGAUUUCUUUGUUUGGGCUGGCCACGAAGAGUACUAUUCUGAUCUGUGAAAUAUGAUAUACUGUAAAAAAAGCAUUGGGCGUUUUUCUGUUCUUCCACAACGAUAGUUGGAGACUAUUUGAAAUCAUAAAACUUUUGAAUGCAUGUUGUGAAUCAAAUGACC